AUGCCCGCUACCUUCGUCCCAUACCAUCCCUCGCGCCCACCCUCACGAGCCGUCUCGAUCGUCGACGCAGCUCCCAAUCUCCCACCUCCCUCAGAUGCGCCGCCCUUCUACUACGACAGACCCGAGUCCCGCACCUCCCACUCUCCUUCGCGCUCAUGGUCCCCUACCCGUACCUCGCUCGAUUACACUGUCCCGCCCUCCUACAACGCUCCCUACGAACCCGCCGACAUCAACGGAAGUCCGAGACCUGGCUCACCUUCUAGCAAAUAUGGUGGCAGCUCGAAGCGUCCUCUUCCCCCAGCACCACUCUUUGCGGGCGUACGACCGAACUCUUCUGAUGGCGACAAGGACCUCUCUGACAUGACCGCCAUACCGAUCGAUGGUGAUGACGACCCCUUCACCGACGACGAGCGACCAGACCUUCUCAAAACCGACUCCUUCAUGUCCGAAUCGAGCUUUAACGAAGAUGAUUACGAUGAAAAAGGCAACUACGAGCCAGCACCAAAUGGAAAGCAAGAACGUCGCGGCGCAAGACCAGCCGUUAUGUCGAGGAAAGAAGUCAAACUGAUCAAUGGAGAGCUCAUUCUGGAGUGCAAGAUUCCUACCAUCCUCUACUCUUUCUUACCACGUCGCGAUGAUAUCGAAUUCACGCACAUGCGUUACACGGCUGUCACGUGCGAUCCUAACGAGUUCGUCGAGCGUGGCUACAAGCUCCGUCAGCAGAUCGGCAAUACCACUCGCGAGACCGAGCUGCUCAUCUGUGUUACCAUGUACAACGAGAACGAGCUCGACUUCACCCGUACCAUGCACGGUGUUAUGCGCAAUGUCGCCCACUUCUGCAGUCGUCAAAAGUCUAGAACUUGGGGCAAGGAUGGCUGGAAGAAGAUUGUCAUCUGUAUCAUUGCAGACGGUCGCAAAAAGGUCCAUCCCCGAACUCUGGAUGCUCUCGCUGCCAUGGGUGUGUACCAGGAUGGUAUUGCAAAGAACUCGGUCAAUCAGCGCGAAGUCAUUGGCCACGUCUACGAGUACACCACUCAAGUAUCUCUCGAUCCGGAUCUCAAAUUCAAGGGAGCCGAGAAAGGUAUUGUACCUUGCCAGAUGAUCUUCUGCAUGAAAGAGAAAAACGCAAAGAAGCUCAACAGUCAUCGUUGGUUCUUCAAUGCUUUCGGACAAGCGCUGAAGCCCAAUGUCUGUAUCUUGCUCGAUGUUGGUACGAGACCUGGAGAUACUUCAUUGUAUCACCUAUGGAAAGCUUUCGACAACGACUCAAAUGUUGCAGGCGCUGCUGGUGAGAUCAAGGCUGGCAAGGGAAAGAAUUGGCUCGGCUUAUUCAACCCGCUCGUUGCAUCCCAAAAUUUCGAGUACAAGAUGUCAAAUAUUCUUGACAAGCCUCUCGAAUCUGUCUUUGGUUACAUCACCGUCUUGCCUGGCGCUCUGAGUGCUUACCGCUUCCACGCUCUUCAGAACGACGAAACCGGACAUGGACCGCUCAGUCAGUACUUCAAGGGCGAGACCCUACACGGUCAAAAUGCCGAUGUGUUCACCGCAAACAUGUACCUUGCUGAGGAUCGUAUCCUCUGUUGGGAGCUGGUAGCCAAGCGCAACGAAUCUUGGGUGCUAAAGUACGUCAGACAAGCCACCGGUGAAACCGACGUGCCUGACGCUGUUCCAGAGUUCAUCUCUCAACGCCGAAGAUGGCUGAACGGUGCCUUUUUCGCCGCUGUCUACUCUCUCCUGCACUUCAAACAAAUCUGGAGCACGUCCCAUUCUCCUAUCCGCAAAGCUCUUCUGCACGUUGAAUUCGUCUAUCAGUUCAUCCAACUCACUUUUACUUGGUUCUCUCUUGGAAACUUCUACCUGACAUUUUACUUUGUUGCUGGCUCGCUCUCGGACCCCAAAAUUGAUCCUACUGGAAGCAAGGUCAAUCUCUGCAAAUAUGUUUUUACAAUCCUACGAUAUGCCUGCGUCUUGACGAUCGCUAUGAACUUCAUCCUGAGUAUGGGCAAUCGACCUCAAGGAUCGAAGAAGAUGUUCCUUGGAUCAAUGGUCAUUUACGGUGUCGUCAUGGCUUACACGACUUUCGCAUCAAUAUGGAUUGUGGUGAAGGAGUUUGAAGCGGGCACAAUGGAGUUGGGCAACAACCUCUUCACAAACUUCAUUGUCAGUACGCUCAGCACUAUCGGUCUCUACUUCUUGAUGUCCUUCCUCUACCUGGAUCCUUGGCACAUGUUCACUAGCUCUGCUCAGUAUUUCGGAAUGCUGCCCAGCUACAUCUGCACACUCCAAAUCUUCGCGUUCUGCAAUGCCCAUGAUAUCUCCUGGGGCACAAAGGGUGACAACACCGUCAGCACAGAUUUAGGCGCUGCAAAGGCUUCAAAGGGCGGCACCGUCGAGCUUGAAAUGCCGAGUGAGCAGCUUGACAUUGACAGCGGUUACGACACCGCUCUUCGCAAUCUUCGUGACCGCAUCGAGGUCGUGGAGCCACCCCCGAGUGCAGCACAGCAACAAGAGGACUAUUACCGCGGUGUCCGAACGUACAUGGUCACGAUCUGGAUGUCAACAAAUGCCAUUCUUGCAAUGGCUGUCAGUGGAGCAUACGGCGAGACAGGCAUCUCCAACAACGUCUACCUCAAGUUUAUCCUCUGGGCUGUCGCUAUCCUGGCUCUGUUCCGUGCCAUUGGUUCCUCGACUUUCCUGUUCAUCAACGGUCUUCAUUCCAUCAUGGAAGGCAAGCUUAAAUUCAGCGAUCGCAGCUCCACAGGUAGUAAGACUACCUCGAGAAGACGAUACGGCUGGCGCAGCAAGCUACCUAGCUUCAGCUUCCUCGAUGGAAGCGGUACCUGGAUCAGUGACAGGGCUGGAGACGCAACUGCUGGAAUCAAGAGAGUGUUCCGCAAAUGA